UGUCCUUGGGGAAGAUGGAAGGGGAGAAGCGGCCGGCGCCCUACGAGGGCCUGUUUGCGGACGGGCACCUGGUCCUGUGGACGCUGUGCUCGGUGCUGCUGCCCGUGUUCAUCACCUUCUGGUGCAGCCUCCAGCGGUCGCGCCGGCAGCUGCACCGCAGGGACAUCUUCCGCAAGAGCAAGCAUGGGUGGCGCGACACGGACCUGUUCAGCCAUCCCACCUACUGCUGCGUGUGCGCGCAGCACAUCCUGCAGGGCGCCUUCUGCGACUGCUGCGGGCUGCGCGUGGACGAGGGCUGCCUCAAGAAGGCCGACAAGCGCUUCCACUGCAAGGAGAUCAUGCUCAAGAAUGACAGCAAGGCCCUGGACGCCAUGCACCACCACUGGAUCCGGGGCAACGUGCCCCUGUGCAGUUACUGUGUGGUUUGCAAGCAGCAAUGCGGCAGUCAACCCAAGCUCUGCGAUUACAGGUGCAUUUGGUGUCAGAAAACAGUACAUGAUGAGUGUAUGAAAAAUAGCUUAAAGAAUGAACAGUGUGAUUUUGGAGAAUUCAAAAACCUCAUCAUUCCACCAAGUUAUUUAACCUCCAUUAAUCAGAUGCGUAAAGACAAAAAAACAGAUUAUGCAAUGCUAGCAUCUAAGCUUGGAAAGCAGUGGACUCCAUUAAUAAUCCUGGCCAACUCUCGUAGUGGAACUAAUAUGGGAGAAGGACUGCUGGGAGAAUUCAGGAUCCUCCUAAAUCCCGUACAGGUUUUUGAUGUUACUAAAACCCCCCCUGUCAAAGCCCUGCAACUUUGUACUCUUCUUCCCUAUUACUCAGCUCGAGUCCUUGUUUGUGGAGGGGAUGGGACUGUGGGCUGGGUCCUGGAUGCAGUUGAUGAAAUGAAGAUUAAGGGACAAGAGAAAUACAUUCCACAAGUUGCAGUCUUGCCUCUGGGAACAGGCAACGAUCUAUCUAAUACCUUGGGUUGGGGUACAGGCUAUGCGGGAGAAAUCCCAGUUGCACAAGUCUUAAGAAACGUGAUGGAAGCAGAUGGAGUUAAACUAGAUAGAUGGAAAGUUCAAGUAACAAAUAAAGGAUACUACAACUUAAGAAAACUCAAGGAAUUCACAAUGAACAACUAUUUUUCUGUUGGACCUGAUGCUCUUAUGGCCCUCAAUUUUCAUGCUCAUCGUGAGAAGGCACCAUCUCUGUUUUCUAGCAGAAUUCUUAAUAAGGCUGUUUACUUAUUUUAUGGAACCAAAGAUUGUUUAGUGCAAGAAUGUAAAGAUUUGAAUAAAAAAAUUGAGCUAGAGCUGGAUGGUGAGCGAGUAGAACUGCCGAAUUUGGAAGGUAUUAUCGUUCUGAACAUUGGCUACUGGGGCGGUGGCUGCAGACUGUGGGAAGGGAUGGGAGAUGAGACUUACCCUCUAGCCAGGCAUGAUGAUGGUUUACUGGAAGUUGUUGGAGUAUAUGGGUCUUUCCACUGUGCUCAGAUUCAAGUGAAGCUGGCAAAUCCUUUUCGAAUAGGACAAGCACAUACAGUGCGGCUGAUCUUGAAGUGCUCGAUGAUGCCGAUGCAGGUAGAUGGGGAGCCAUGGGCCCAGGGGCCCUGCACUGUCACCAUAACCCACAAGACACACGCGCUGAUGUUAUAUUUCUCUGGAGAACAAACAGAUGACGACAUCUCUAGUACUUCAGAUCCAGAGGACACAAAGGAAACUGAGGGGAGUGGCCAAAAAAAGAAAAGAAAAGAAAAAGAAGUUACAGGUUUAAAGCUGGAUGGUUCACCAACUUCUCUUUUGAUUAAAAGACAGUGUCAACAAUUCAAAAAAAUGUACUAA